AUGGGUACUUCUAAAAAAUAUAUGGGUAUCACUGGAAUAUUUGAAGCGGAGGUGGAGGGUCUGAUGGAGGGUUUGCUGCGAGCAAAGGCCAUGAACAUUACUUGCUUAUGGGUGGAGUUUGACUCUAGUUCGGUUGUGCUAGCGAUUCAGCAAAGGAAAAUUCCCUGGUAUGCUCUCCAACGGUGGAUGCAUCUUAAUCCUUUCCUUGACAGUAUCAGUUGGAAGAUAUCACAUAACUUCAGGGAAGGGAACUCCAUAGCUGACUACUUGGCCAGAGAUGCGGCGAAGACAGGGAUUUCGGGUGAUAAUGCGGUCCUCCCCUCCCAUAUUCUUGAUCUCUUGCAAAGGGAUUUAGAUGGGAGGCUUCCUUUUCAGUUUUAUUAG